AUGGAGUUGAAAGCAUCUGCCGAACACGCACAGCAGUCGCUGGGGGCAGGAGGAGUGGAGGAGAUGAGGCAGGUAACUCAGCGAAGGCUGCAUCGCCGACAGACAACGCUGGACGCCAUGCCGCCGCCACACAUCAGUCCGGAUGGUUUCCCCAUCUAUAAAGAGCCGCCUCACGCCGACGCACCCGACGUGGGCAUGAAGGUGAACAUACUGACGCGCAUUGUGCACAUCCUCAUGUGUCGUUGCACAAAGCGCUACUACACUGCGUGGAUGUGUUCCCUUGGCUUCCUGAUCACCUUUGGCAUCCGCUGCAACAUGAGCUGGGUCACACUUGCUAUGGAGCACCACACCCACCUGGAGUCUGCUGCGAUCUCCAAGAUCGCUGAAAAUAUCACUAUCACCACGGAAGUCGAAAACUUAAAAGGCUACUCCAACCUCCAAUAUUAA